AUGCAGUGGUUUCUGGCGCUCUUUCUCCCCGUCGCCGUGCUUGGUGCGGUCUGCCCGUAUCACAACUACACGGCUGGCAACAUUCUCGUUGCGGAUGAAUUGUGUUCGCCGUCCGCGCCCAUUUGUAGCGUCAACACGUCUUGCACUCGAUCGACCCAGCAAGUGCCUCAAGACGCUACCAAUCUUGCGGGCUUUAUUGGUCUCGGUAAUCUGACCAUGUAUCCUUACCAGGGGCUGGUACUCUACAAUGCGUCCACCGUGUGGGUCGAAGAUUUAGUGUUGCCCGCUUCACUUCUAAAGCUGGGCUUUUCCAACAUUUCUGCCAUUUAUUUGGACGAAUUCGCGCCGGCGACAAUCGCCCACCUUACCGCCAUGGCCUUUAUUACGUGCAACUUGGGGGUGAUUCCGCUCAACUUUCAAUGGCCGCCGGGCCUGCAAGAGCUGAUCCUCGUCAACAACGCAUUCCAAACGAUCCCCAAAGCACUGCCCAUGACGCUGCAUACGCUUGCCUUUCAAGCCAACGCGCUCUCGGACCUUUUUUACCUCCCUGCUAAUCUCACUUACUUGGAUCUGGACUUGAACCUUCUCGAAGAAGUCGUUGACCGGAACUGGAACCAACUCACUCACGUGUGCGUUUGCAUCGAUUUGCGCCUGAAUAAUAACCCCAUCGCGACUAUUGCGGGUGUCCAUCUUUCAAAGAGCCUCAAGUUCUUCGGCUGCAAAGAUUGCCCACUGACAAAUUUCACGAUGACCCCCGAUACAUUUGCAGCCCUCGACGAGCUUCAGCCGUGGAAUGGGAAAUCCAACUACCUCGACUCCAAGGGCUUCCACAUCACACGCGACGUGUCCAUGGACCCUAGCGCUUGUGGCGCCAUCGAUGGAUCCGUCCAGACGCUUUGGGCCGGCAAGACCAACGUAACCGUGCGCGUGUGUGUCACGAGCCCGCCGUCAUCCGAGCGUACCAGUAUGUCUCUACCUGCCCUCAACGACGACAAGUCAGCAUUUUCCUAG